AGCAUCUUCCAUCAUGGCGGUGCGGUGCAGGUUACUGAUGCUGCUAAUGCUGCUAAUGCUGCUCUACGUUCAGCCUGGAGCAGCUCAGAAGAAGAAAGAGAACAUGCUGGUGGAGAAGGUGGAGCAGAUGAUGGAGUGGAGUUCCCGCCGCUCCGUGAUCCGGAUGAACGGAGAUAAAUUCCGGCGCUUUGUGAAGGCUCCGCCCCGGAAUUACUCCGUCAUCGUCAUGUUCACGGCGCUCCAGCCGCAGAGGCAGUGCUCUGUCUGCAGGCAGGCGAAUGAGGAGUAUCAGGUCUUGGCUAACUCGUGGCGUUACUCGUCCGCCUUCUCCAACAAGCUCUUCUUUACGGUCGUCGACUAUGACGAGGGUGCCGAUGUUUUUCAGCAGUUGAAUAUGAACUCCGCUCCAACCUUCAUGCAUUUUCCUGCUAAAGGGAAGCCGAAGAGAGCCGACACCUUCGACCUUCAGCGAAUUGGCUUCGCUUCCGAGCAGCUGGCCAAGUGGAUCGCUGACCGCACUGACGUCCAGAUCCGGGUAUUCCGUCCCCCCAACUACUCUGGGACGAUCGCGCUGGCCCUGCUGGUGUCCCUGGUGGGGGGUCUUCUCUAUCUGCGCCGAAACAACCUGGAGUUCAUCUACAACAAAACAGGCUGGGCCAUGGCUGCUCUGUGUGUGGUGUUUGCGAUGACCUCUGGUCAGAUGUGGAAUCACAUCCGCGGCCCUCCGUACGCCCACAAGAACCCUCAGAACGGGCAAGUGAGUUACAUCCAUGGCAGCAGUCAGGCUCAGUUCGUGGCUGAAUCCCACAUCAUCCUCCUGCUGAAUGCUGCUAUCACCAUGGGGAUGGUGCUGCUGAACGAGGCAGCCACCUCCAAAGGAGAUGUGGGGAAAAGGAGGAUUAUCUGUCUGGUGGGGCUGGGGCUGGUGGUCUUCUUCUUCAGCUUUCUUCUGUCCAUCUUCCGGUCCAAGUAUCAUGGUUACCCCUACAGCUUCCUGAUUAAAUGAAGCCACAAGGAUUUCAGGAGCUUCAUUUUGGGAAUUUUAUGUCUGAUUUAAGUACCACACAAACACACACACACACACACACACACACACACACACACACACACACUAAAACCCUUGCUGUAUCACUGACUGAUGUGAAAUAAAUCUAAACGAGACUGGACUUAA